AGCAAUGCAACGCAACGCAACACCGCGAAGAGCGGAAAUCUGUUUGUCUGCGCGCCGACGCACGCGCACAUCGACCUGACAUCCUCGCGUGAGCUAAAUGGCAGGGAAAAGCGCCUCCAGCUCUCAGUUGCCAUCAUCCUCGCACCGAUUGCCGACAGUGUCCGCAACGGAAGCUUUGCAAAAGCUGCGGGCAGCACCGUCGAAGACGAUAUCGACGGGCUUACCUCGUCUAGAUGCCCUCUUGAGCAAGGCACCCCGCUCUCUCGACAUAGCAGAGGUCCAAGGUUUGAAGCCUGGGCAUGUCGUUGACGUAUAUGGUCCGCCUGGCUCAGGCAAGACCACAUUUUGUCUACAAGCUGCGGUCUCCUCUCUCCGCAAAGGUUAUCAUGUUGUUUGGAUCGGUAAGCUAAAUCUCAGCAGUCUCGCAGGAAGAGCUAAGACGCUGAACAUUCAGACUGCGGGUCCCCUCUAGUGUUCGACAGAUUAAAGAUGCUAUUGCGCAGAUCACCUGUCUGUGAAUACACUACAAAAGAGCUUGAGGAGCAAGCAAGUCGAUUCCAUUACUAUAUGAUCACUGAUCUCGCCCAUCUCGUGACUCUUUUCACGCACCCAGCAUCCGACCUUGCCGACGUGAACACAGCCCUUAUCGUCAUAGACUCCAUAUCCACCGUAUUUGAUAUUGCCUACUCCCAAUUCUAUGAUCAGCAGUCAAAGAAACAGUCCGAGAUUGCAAAGUGGGCUGCUAACCGAAAGUAUGCAGUUAUGGGAGACCUGAUCUCGAAAUUGAAAAGAUUGGCUACCGUGAACGACUUAGUCGUCUUGAUGACACAGCAGACAAGACUGCGAAUCCGAUCCGGCGCAGGAGCUCUACUGCUGCCCACGCUUUCGAGCAUCGAGUGGGAUCAUGGCGUGUCGACGCAGCUCGUGCUAUUUCGCGACUUCCCUCCACAUCCAAUGACCCAGCCUGAUCCCGAGCUGGCUGAGCGAUGGAGACGGCUUCGUUAUGCCGGACUCAUCAAGAUCAACGGUGUUUCCGCCGAGGAAAACGGUCGUUUCGAGACUGUAGUUCCUUUCACUAUCGAAAUGCAUGGAUUAAGUCAGUUACCAACACCGCGUUCGGAGGUCACAGUUCCCGUAUUGUCAUCACCAGUGCGAAUAGGAAAAAGACGCUUCGAAGAAAUCGCCGAUUCAGAGGACGAGGCGCUGCCGUCGGACGACGAAUACAAUUACGGCGAUGUCGACUUCGAGGACGGCUUAUUCAAUCUGACUAAGGCCCCGUGAAGCAAGAUUAGUAAGCAAACAUUGGCAACACUGCCGUCAUCCAAUGUUCCUUCGACUGUCAACUAUUCCGCCUGAGGACGAAGUCCGGAACGAGACAAUCAUCACGAUGCUGAAGACGACCACCAAAUUUGGACAGCAGCACAUUCGCCUUGGCUUCAUUUGGCAUGGAGAAAUGACUCACAGGUACAUAUGCCAAUAAAGAAUGCAGCUGGGCGCAACAGUGAGGUUCUCAAAAGUCGGAUUAUUUGAAUCCGCAAGUGCUUUCGAAGCCUGCAUGACGCCGGCCCGUGACUCCGAUCUCAAACCCCACAAUACCGCGAUCCCGGUGAAGGUCUCGCAUGAGAUCCUGUUUUGUUUUUGCACUUUGAAUGAGGAGUCCGGGGUAAUCCAAGCUGCCGGGUGCCUCCUUUAAGACAGGUGGCGUUUCACGCGUGGGGGUUAACGAUGUCGUGACACCCACCUCCAUAAGAUGUCUGAGACAAUUAUCCUUUAAGGGCGCACAGCGUUCGCAAGGGCAUGGCAAGGUCGCGAAACUCCAGAAAGUCCCGCACUAGCAUGAACGACGACUGCGAUGAAAGAUCAUUCUGGUUGGCGUGGUUUUCGCCCUUUAGGUUGAAAAACGGGAAGUGGAGUUCAGUUUGUCCAUUUAGCUUCGACUGCCUCGUUACGGUUAUGUAAGUUGGAGCAUGUAACCGACCGAAUCUCUGCGCAAGCAGGAUCUUCAGCGGAUUCAGCGGUGAGAACCAAACGGUUGGGUCGCUUAAGAUAAUUACAGAACCAAGGCUAGAAUAUGAGCCCAUCAUUACAUACUUGCGCAUUGGUAUUGUACCCUUUUUUUUCACGGU